CUUUGCCUCUGUGCAUGCCUCGGUGCAUUAAAUAAGAAGCGGGCGGGGCGGGGGGGCUGGAUUCCAGCUCGCCCGGUAGGGCGCGCGCGCGAGGAGGAUGGAGGAAGCCGAGCUGUACGGCAUCGAGGAUGAGUUUGAGGCGCAGUUUGCAGACGAGCUGGAGGUGCUGGCCGAGCUGGAAGGGGAAGACGCCCCACAGGUGCCAGCCCAUAAAGUCUCCGAGUUCCGGAGCAGAAAGCGGACCUUUGAAGAGGCUCUCUCAGCCGGGGAUCUAGUUAAGAGCUCUGCUGCUGUGGGUCACCAGCCAUGCCUGGAAGAGGGUUCUGGAAGCCCGUCCCUUCCAGAGGAGAGGACGGCCAGUUCUGGUCGGAAGAGGCAGGAACAGGAACGUCUCCCGACACCCAUGGAGGCUGCAGGAAGCUCCCAAAGUCUGCUCCUCUGGGAGGCUGAUGUUGCUAACACCCCGAAGCCAAAGCGGCGGCGGCUUGAAGCUGUGAAGAAGCUGGACUUUGGAAUGGAGGGCCGAGCAGUCCCUGAAGACCUGCCGCAGGGUGGAAUGGCCCCUCCUUUUCUGCAGGAAGCCUCUUCCCCAUUGCAGGAGGCGAGGACUCCCAAGUUGGCCAUCCCCGAUAGUGUCGAGAUGAACGACGUUCUCCCGCUGCGUGUUACCCCGCCAGGGGAGAAGGUCCCAAAGAAGGUUCUCAAGCGCCCACCCGUCCUGGAGGACUACAUCAACGUGACGUCUAGCAUCGGCACCCGCGUCUUCAUGGUUGUGAAGGAAGAUGGUUCCAGACUGGGGGCGGAGGCCACCAACUCCGUCAGCUGGAAGGGGCAGAGACCGCUUCAUCUGCUGGGAGUACCAUUCUCCUACCUAAAAGAGCAAGUGGCUGAAGAGCGCCGAAGGCAGAUUCUUGAAUCUUCACAGCAGCUGACGGAGAUUCUGAACAGCUGCCUUAGAGAGGAGGAAGAGGCCCAGCCUGAAGCCCCAGAGCCCAGCGAGGAAGAGUCGUGCCCUGGGGAAGCCGAAAAGGACGGGUCAUCUCUCCAUUCCCUCUGGGUGGAUCGGUUUGCUCCCAGACACUACAUGGAACUGCUCAGUGACGACUACACAAACCGCUGCCUGCUGAAGUGGCUGAAACUGUGGGACACGGUUGUGUUUGGGAAGGAAAAGCCCGCCAGGAAGGCCAAGCCAGGUGCCCCCGAGGCCCAUCGGCCCUUCAGGAACCCCAAAGAGCAGCAGAAGAAAUGGAAGAGCAAGGCCGAAAUGACAGAGGAAGCCCUGGAAGCUGAGCUGGACCCCCAGAACCGGCCAAAAUACAAGGUUGCCUUACUUUGUGGCCCUCCUGGCUUGGGGAAGACCACAUUGGCUCAUGUCAUUGUGAAGCAUGCUGGGUAUAAUGUUGUCGAGAUGAACGCCAGUGAUGACCGUAGCCCAGAUAUCUUCAAAACACGCAUUGAAGCUGCCACCCAAAUGAAGUCUGUGCUGGGAGCCACUGAGAAGCCCAAUUGCCUCAUCAUUGAUGAGAUCGAUGGUGCCCCGACGGCAUCUGUCAAUGUGCUGUUAAGCAUUAUCAACUUUAAGGCAACUGAAGCGGAAUCGGAAGGCAGUGCUGGAGGGGCAAGUGGGAAGAAGAAGAGGAAGGAGGGCGGCUUCCUUUUACGACCAAUCAUCUGCAUUUGCAAUGACCAGUACGUUCCUUCCCUGAGGCAGCUGAGACAGCAGGCCUUCCUUCUCCACUUCCCCUCAACGUCCCCAACCAGACUGGUCCAGAGAUUGCACGAGAUUGCUGUCCGGCAAGGCAUGAAGGCAGACAUGGGGGCGCUUGCUGCCUUGUGCGAGAAGACGGAGAAUGACAUACGCUCUUGUAUCAACACUUUGCAGUUCCUGCAUAGUCGUGGCAAAAAGGAGUUGAACGUGAGGACCGUGCAGACGGCCAAGGUUGGCUUGAAAGACCAGAACAGAGGCCUCUUCUCCAUCUGGCAGGAGAUCUUCCAGCUCCCCAAGAUACAGAGGCAGAGGAUUGGCAUGGACCCCUUGGUUCCGACCCACAUCUUUGCCGGCGGCAGCGACGGCCUCUUCAGCCAGGCCCCGGGCCGAGGGUCUCUGAACGCCUCCACCCAGCGCUUCCAUCACAUCCUGCAUCUCAGCGUGUCGUCUGGAGAACAUGAAAAGCUCACCCAGGGCCUGUACGACAACUUCCUGCACAUGAAGGUGAAGGACGCCCGCUUCGGCUCGCUGUGCCAGGCCCUGGAGUGGCUGGGCUUCUCGGACCUGCUGGGCCGGGCCGUGCUGCAGGGCCAGAACUUCCCGCUCACGCGCUACUUGCCCUUCCUGCCGGUCGCCUUCCACCUGCUCUUCGCGGCGUCCAGCGUCCCCAGGCUGACCUACCCCAACAGCCAGCAGGAGGCCCUUUCAAAGCUGACCCGCAUGCAGAACCUCGUCGCUUCCAUGACCUCCGGGAUUGCAGCUUGCUCCCGCAGCCGGGCGGGGCCCCGGUCCUUUGUCCUCGAGGCCCUUUGCCUCCUGUUGGAUAUCAUCUCGCCAAAGCUGAGGCCGGUCAACACCCAGCUCUACAGCCAGAAGGAGAAGCAGCAGCUGGCGGAGCUGAUCAGCACCAUGCUGGCGUAUAACCUCACCUACCUCCAGGAGAGGACCCCCGACGGGCAGUAUGUCUACAAGCUUGACCCAUUUUGAAAGUGAACACUCAACUUUCAGGGUCAGCAUUAGAAAUCUUUCUGUUUUGACUGGCUGGCUGGAUGAAUGAAAUUAAUUAAAUGCUUCUGCAAGCCGACUCCUGGAUACUGUCGGAUGCUGACAUUUGUUCAGUGUGAAAAUAUGAAAAUACUGGUUGCUGUUAAGUCUCACCCCAUGAAAAACGGACUGCUGUUCUAUACCAGCUGAGAGGGACUACUCAGGACUGACAGUGGACUCUUUAGACAUCUAAUGCAAAUGCUGAAUAGUAAUUUUUUUCAGAGUACUCCACACAUCCAAAGAUUGUCCCAAGAAUGCUGGGCAUUUGAAUUCGCAAAUGGAACAUGUCAUGGAGGACCAUUUCUGAUCUAAUUUUGAGGUUACAGUUCCACACCUGGAAAUUCUACUUUCUCCAUUUGUGUUUUGCGAAGUUAAUGAUUAAACUGAUUGUCUGCAGGGUUAUCUUUCAGCUCUGCUUGGCAUAAUCAGUAGAUGGGCUGCCCCAGCGUGUUAAGGCAGUUUAUUUGGCUUCCUUUCUCCCCCCCACCGCUUCCUGUAUUAAAAAUAGCCUUCUUUUGAAUAUCUGUUAAUUCUUGAAGUCCAAUAAACCUGCAGUGUUCAGUCGAGGUGA